AUGACAAGUACGACGUUGAUAAGCAGCGUGAACUUGGCGCUUCAGGCGAUGAUGCCUUCUCUCGCCUCUACGCCUCCAUUGAUUCUGACAUUGAAGCAGUUCUUCGUGUUUGUCUCCUACACUUUAUCUUUUUCCAAUCUUUGGAUUCCCUUGGUUAAUUUCCUUCUCUUUCUUGAUAGAAAACUUACUAAAGCAGAGUUGGCAUCAACGGAAAACAACAGAGCUGCAGCCGUAGCCUUGAAUGCUGAGGUUCGAAGGACAAAAGCACGUUUAGCUGAAGAUGUUGUUAAGCUGCAAAAAAUGAUCGUUAAAAAGGAGAAAGGUCUAACAAAAGAGAGACGAGAAUCCCGGUAUGAUCUGGUUAUCGCACUAGCGGAUAGGAUUCAAGUAAUACCUGAUGGAAACGAACAUGCAACCAAACAAGCGAAUAAUGAGUGGGGAGGUGCUUCUGCACCAAACAAGAACAUCAAGUUUGAUAUAUCUGAGGAAGACAUGGAUGAUGGGUUUUUCCAACAAAGUGAAGAAUCAAGCCAGUUUAGGCAAGAAUAUGAGAUGAGACGGCAAAAACAAGAUGAAGGUCUUGAUGUCAUAUCAGAAGGUUUGGAUGCACUGAAGAACUUGGCGCGUGAUAUGAACGAGGAACUUGACAAGCAAGUCCCAUUGAUGGACGAAAUGGAAUCAAAGGUUGAUGGAGCAACUUCAGAUUUGAAGAACACCAAUAUUAGGCUCAAGCAACAACUUGUGAAGAUGAGAUCCAGCCGCAACUUCUGCAUCGACAUUAUUCUUAUUUGCGUAGUCCUUGGAAUCGUCUCUUACAUCUACAAGUAA